AUGGAAUCGGUUGAUUUAGAAGAACAUUUUUUCCCGAGAGGCGUCCGCCAGAAGUACCGUUUGGGUGAAUUUGGCGCGGGACCGUUCGUGCCAAACAACCUGUUCACAACGCAUUGGGCGGAAGGACCAGGCCAAGUGACCGGGCGGUCUGCUUGGAGUGGAGCGACAAUUGUUCGAGAAGACCAAUAUGCUAUCCAACUUACCAAGGAGCAUCGAGAGGAACUCAUAGAUGCCCUCACAGCUUUUCAAGAGCAUAACUACGACCUAUUGGAUAUAAACAAGGAGAACUUCCAUCUUCCAACUCUAGGGAACGUACUUGAGAGAGUCAGCGAGCAAGUUUACGAUGGAGAAGGAUUUGUUCUCCUUCGAGGAUUAAACCCCCAGGAAUUUACCGAAGAAGAAAACAUCAUUGUAGCCUCUGGGGUUUCGGCCUAUGUAGGCGGAAAUUUUGGACGACAAAGUCCAACUGGGAGCAUGAUUACCCACCUUACCACGCUGAAGGGAAUUGAAACGCAGGCAGGCUACUACUCAAACCAAUUUCAGACGUUUCACAACGACCACGCAUGCGAUAUCAUUAGUCUAUACUGUCUCAGUCCGCCGGCGUCAGGUGGACAGGUUCGCCUAUCCUCAGCCUCUAAAACUUAUCAAGAUAUCUUAGAAACGAGACCGGAUAUCAUACCAAUUCUAGCAGACAGCAACUGGAUUCACCAAACGGCCCGACAGAACCCUUUGUAUAUCCGGCGUCCGCUGCUCUAUCAAACCGACGACGGAAAACCAUUCUUCUGCUUCUCCCGUGCUGCAUUGCUGGAAGAAUUCCGCACACACAGGCUUGAGGGACUGGGGCUUCCUCCACUAACCAGAACGCAGAGGGAGGCCCUUAAUAUAGUUGAAACGGUGGCGAAUAAGAACUCUAUUGAGAUCGGUCUCCAAUCCGGCGACUUGAUUUUUAUCAACAAUCUCGCCGUUCUCCACGGUCGCCGAGAGUUCGAAGACAAUGAGAUUGCCAAGAGGCAUAUGUUGCGAUUGUGGGUUCAUAAUCCAGAAAGAGCAUGGAAGCUCCCAAAUUCCAUAAAAGUACUUCGGGAUUGCCUCUAUAUGGAUCUUCCUGACAUCCCGGGUUGGUUCAUUUUCGAUCCCAUGGACCCGGAUCCGACGGUCCUCCAGGAAGUUACGUCAGAUAAUGGAUCCUGUGGGACCCUGGGGUCAUCCAAAUAG